AUGAAGAAAUUCAAAUGGGAUGAAGAUUGUCAAACUGCGUUUGCGGAAUUUAAGUCAUUCUUAACUAAUCCACCCCUGCUGAGUAGACCGAUAGUCGGAGAGACGUUGUACUUGUGCCUAUCAGUAGGGAGAGAGACCAUCGCCUCAGUACUUGUACGAGAGGAAGAGGAGGAGCAAAGACCAAUCUAUUACAUAAGUAGGACGCUGAAAGGGGCAGAGCUUAACUACCCAACCAUCGACAAACUUGCACUAGCCGUAGUGGUGACAACUAAAAAGCUUAAGCCGUAUUUCCAAGGACACACAGUCAUAGUACGCACAAACCAACCGUUGAAGAAAGCACUCCAUCGGCCGGAGACCUCAGGACGUUUGGUUAGCUGGUCAGUACAAUUGGGAGAACAUGAUAUUAGAUAUGAACCAAGAACUACUUUGAAGGCUCAGGCACUUGCUGACUUCGUCGCAGAGAUGACGGAGAAGCCUUGCGACUUAGUCACCGAAGAGUUGACAUGGAACUUGUUCGUAGACCGAGCCUCCAGUGAGCAAGGGGCAGGAGCAGGCAUAGUCCUUUUGGGACCCAACAAGAUCAUCAUAGAAUACGCAGUCCACCUUAGUUUCAAGGCUACCAACAAUGUAGCAGAAUAUGAGGCCCUCUUAAGAGGACUCGAAAUAGCGACAGAAGUGAAAGCAGAAAAGUUGAGAAUUCACAGCGAUUCCCAGCUAGUUACUAGUCAAGUCUUGGGACAAUUCCAGACGAGGGACUCAAACAUAGCAAAAUAUGUGAUAAAGGCGAUAGAAAAGCUCAAAAACAUCGAGAAGAACGGAGGCCAGUGGGAAAUAGUUCCCAUCCCAAGGGAAGAGAACACUAAGGCAGAUGCCAUAGCCAAAGGCGCGGCGAGCAAAAGUCAGCUAUAUCUGUCAACUCAAAUGAGAGAAGAAAGGGCAAGGCCCUCAGUAGAGGAGGAACAAGUGUUAUCCGUCACAGUACUCGAUCCCUGGAUGCAACCCAUAGUGACGUAUUUAGCAGAGGGGACACUACCAGAGAGACGCGCAGAGGCAGCUAAGCUGGUCCGAAUUUCCUCAGUGUCUUCCCUAAUAGAAGGAGUGCUAUACCGGACAUCAGUCUCACACCCAUGGUCCAAAUGCAUAUCGCUGGAAGAGGGCAACUACGUACUCAAGGAAAUCCAUGAGGGAGAUUGUGGAUCACAUGAAGGCGCAGUCACUCUAUAUAGAAAGGCGAUGUUGCAAGGCUUUUGCUGGCCGACCAUGAAGAAAGAUGCAGAAGAAAUGGGGCCAUUCACCCCAGCUAGAGGACAAGUAAAGUUCAUAGUAGUCGCAGUGGACCACUUCACCAAGUGGAUAGAAGUGCAGCCAAUGAGCACUAUAACAAGUCGCAAGAUUCAGAAGUGGCUGUCUAAUGAAGUCAUGAGCAGGAAUCCUUCUGAAGUUCUCUUCAGUCGCACAUCCGCAAACCAAUGGCCUCACAGAGGUCACGAAUCACACCAUCCUCUCAGGAAUCAAAAAGAGACUAGGCAACUUGAAAGGCAAAUGGUUGAUGAACUUUACCACGUGAUAUGGGCAUAUCGAACUACACCGCGAAAGGCAACAGGAGAAACACCAUUUCUCCUUACAUAUGGAACGGAAGCAGUCCUCCCAGUAGAACUUGGAAUGACCUCCCUGCGAGUCCAGGUCGUUGACGAAGACCGCCAUGAGGAGUCCCUAAAACUAUGCCUAGACCUCCUCGAAGAAAGAAGACACAAAGUGUCAGUCCGAGCUGAGGCAUAUCACAGGCAGAUGGCCAAGUACUACAAUGCUCGGGUUAAAGAAAGAAGUUUUGAAGAAGGCGACUUAGUCUUAAAGAAAUCAGAAAUCGGUAGAGGAGCCGCCGGAUUUGGAAAGCUUGAAGCCAACUGGGAUGGGCCAUACCGAGUGAUAGCAGUAGUAGGACAGGGAGCAUACAGAAUAGCUCACCUUGAUGGGACUCCAUUGCCCAGGACAUGGAAUGUUGAAAACUUGAAGAAAUAUCUUCAGUAA